AAUCCCUUUAGGCUUCCCGUUGCCAUGGCGACUGUGUACACAGCCCGUCGGCUAGUCGUCCUGGUUGCCUACAGAGCUCCCUCAAGUUGCUGCAGUUAUAGCGGUCGCUCUCCAGGAGCGCCGCUGCCUCGCGAGUGGCUGAAGAUGGACCCACCAAUGGAGAUUCAGUCACCCUCUGACUUCCAGCUAUGAGUAUCACCUUCAACUACCAUUUCUUGAGCACCUGGUGUGUGCUGGGCGCUGUUCUGGACCUUGUGGGGGGAAUCACAGGAGAUAAAAGACACAAUCGUUAUCCUCAAGCAGCUUGUAAUUCUAUUUGGGAGCUGAAGCCCGCAUAAAUGAAGCGACAUAAGAACGGUAACAAGCAGUAUCUCAGUAGAAUGGGUACUAGGAAAAAGGUUCAAGCCUUUGUUCGUGUCAAGCCUACUGACGACUUUGCCCAUGAAAUGAUCAAAUAUGGAGAGGACAACAAAAGCAUUGAUAUUCAUUUGAAAAAAGACACUCGGAGAGGAGCCGUCAAUAACCAGCAGACAGACUGGUCAUUCAAGCUGGACGGAGUUCUUCAUGAUGCCUCCCAGGACUUGGUUUAUGAAACAGUUGCCAAGGAUGCAGUUUCUCAGGCCCUUGAUGGAUACAACGGUACCAUCAUGUGUUACGGGCAGACAGGAGCUGGCAAGACAUACACCAUGACAGGGGCAACGGAGAAUUACAAGCACCGGGGUAUUCUCCCUCGUGCCCUGCAGCAGGUGUUUAGGAUGAUUGAAGAGCGUCCCACACACGCCAUCACAGUCCGUGUCUCCUACUUGGAAAUCUACAAUGAGAACCUGUUCGAUCUCCUGUCCACUCUGCCCUAUGUUGGACCCUCAGUCACCCCAAUGACUAUCGUGGAAAACCCUCAAGGGGUCUUCAUUAAAGGCUUGUCCGUGCAUCUCACCAGCCAAGAGGAGGACGCGUUCAGCCUCCUCUUUGAGGGAGAGACCAACAGGAUCAUUGCCUCCCACACGAUGAACAAGAACUCAUCCAGGUCACACUGCAUUUUCACCAUCUACAUGGAGGCUCAUUCUCGGACCUUAUCAGAUGAAAAGUAUAUCACUUCCAAAAUCAACCUGGUAGACCUGGCAGGCUCAGAGAGGCUCAGCAAGACGGGGUCAGAAGGUAGAGUCCUAAAGGAAGCCACCUACAUCAACAAGUCGCUGUCAUUCUUGGAGCAGGCUAUCAUUGCCCUGGGGGACCAGAAUCGGGACCACAUCCCUUUCCGGCAGAGCAAGCUCACCCAUGCUCUGAAAGACUCCUUAGGGGGAAACUGCAAUAUGGUCCUUGUGACAAACAUCUAUGGAGAAGCUGCCCAGUUAGACGAAACGCUAUCUUCGUUGAGGUUUGCCAGCAGGAUGAAGCUUGUCACCACUGAGCCUGCCAUCAAUGAGAAGUAUGAUGCCGAGAGAAUGGUCAAGAAUUUAGAGAAGGAACUGGCAUUGCUUAAGCAGGAACUGGCCAUCCAUGAUAGUCUGUCCAACCGCACCCUCGUGAAUUAUGACCCCAUGGAUGAGAUCCAGAUUGCUGAGAUCAACUCCCAAGUACGGAGGUACCUGGAGGGGACACUGGACGAGAUUGACAUAAUCAAUCUAAGGCAGAUUCAGGAGGUAUUCAACCAGUUCAGGGUGGUUCUGAGCCAACAGGAGCAGGAAGUAGAGUCUGCCUUGCGCAGGAAGUACACUCUCAUAGACAAAAAUGACUUUGCAGCCAUUUCUGCUGUCCAGAAGGCAGGGCUUAUGGAUGUUGAAGGGCACCUGGUGGGUGAGCCUGAUGGACAAAGCUUUGGACUUGGGGUUGCUCCUUUUUCUGUCAAACCUGGGAAGAAAUCUAAGACUAAGAAGACAACCAAAGACCAGUUCAGCUCCUCAGCAAGAAAGGAAGGUGCCAGCAGCCCUGUGAGUGGCAAGGACUUUGAUAUGACUUCCAUCUCCAAGACCCAGCUGAUCCCAUCUUCCAAAGAAGGGGAUCUCAAAGAUAUGCUUGUGCGAGAAAGGGAAACUUCCAGCAUUGAGCCCCUUCCCUCAGACUCUCCAAAGGAAGAAUCUCGUGCACUCAGACCCAGCACCCCACCUUCUAAGCCUGUGGCCUUUGAAGAGUUUAAGAAUGAACGAGGUAGUGAGAUCAACCGCAUCUUCAAAGAAAACAAAUCCAUUUUAAAUGAACGGAAGAAAAGGGCCAGCGAGACAACCCAGCGCAUCAAUGCCAUCAAGCAGGAGAUUGAUGUGACCAAAGAGGCACUGAAUUUCCAGAAGUCAUUACGGGAGAAGCAAGGAGAGUACGAGAACAAAGGCCUGAUGAUCAUUGAUGAGGAGGAAUUUCUGUUGAUCCUGAAGCUCAAAGAUCUGAAGAAGCAGUAUCGAAACGAGUACCAGGAACUUCGAGACCUCCGGGCUGAGAUCCAGUACUGUCAGCGCCUGGUGGAUCAGUGUCGCCACCGCUUGCUCAUGGAAUUUGACAUCUGGUACAAUGAGUCCUUUGUCAUCCCCGAGGAUGUUCAGGUAGCACUGAAGCUAGGCAGCAGCAUCCGGCCAGGCAUGGUGCCUAUCACCAGGAUUGUAUGUCUGGGAGAAGAUGACCAGGACAGGUUCAGCCAGCUGCAGCAGACUGUCUUGCCUGAGGGUCCUGAUUCCAUCUCCUUCUACAAUGCCAAAGUCAAGACAGAACAGAAGCACAGUUAUAUGAAAACCAUGGUGGGCCUCCAACAGUCACACAGAAAAUAGUCUCAUCCGUAGCUUGAAGGCCAGCAGCUCUAGUCUGCUCUCAGGAAGCUGCUAAGCCACAUGCUCAGAGCUCCAGCCACUCAGCUGCACGAUGGGACCAAACCCAGAGAGCACACAAUUGCCUGCCUACUAGGAUGAACAUCCUCCAAAGGACACCCUUGCUCCUCUUCACAGAAUAUUUUUGAUUUUACGUUACUACCAUGUGUAAAAGCAAGAUAAAAUUAUGUUUUAUUUCCUGUCUGAAAGGACAUCCUCCUUAUGUACAGGUUGUGGCUAAAACCAAGUCCUAGUGUUUGCCUACCAAGCAUGACACCUGGGAUUUGAUCCUUAGUAAAAUACACACAGACACAGACACAGACACAGACACACACAGACACAGACACACACAGACACACAGACACAGACACACACAGACACACACAGACACACACACACACACACACACACACACACGUGCAUGUAGGGAUGGGAGGAGUGAGGGUGUAGCUCAGUGGUAGAAUACUUGUCUAACAUUCAUGGAGCUCUUCCAUCUCCAACACCACCAAAAAGAAAAAUAGCUACUAUUGUAGCUAGGCAUGGUAGGAUAGGCUGUAGUAAUCCUGGCACUUGGGUGGUGGCAAUGGGAAGAUGAGGAGUUCAGAGUUACCCUCAGCUAUAUAUCCAGUUCAGGAUCAGCCUGGACUGUAGGAAACCCUAUGUCAAUCUAAUUUUAUUGUGUAGAAAAUCAAAAUAGCAAUUCAGACUCCUUCUGGUGGGUGUUGCUCCCCAGUUGGUCUCUCCUGUCUUCGGUGGACAUCCUGAGAUGAGCUUACUCUGAGAAAACUUCUUCCAGUUCUCUCAGCCCACUCUCUGCUCCUGGCCUCUGAAGACAGGAGGAAGUCCUUCUUCCUUGACAACUAGAAGAGUAUCAGAUCUAGUUAGUGACCUACAAAAGGCAGAACUGGGUCCCCGUGCCCAGGAGUGCAUGGCCUUAGAUAGCACAGCCUUUCUGGCCAUGCUCACAUGUGCAAUAGGUGUUGCAGCUUCUCUGUGUCUUGGCCCCUCCUUUUCCUUAGUGUGUGACUGAAAGUACACACAAGUGAAAGUGACAGGAACAGGGAUCAUGCCUGCAGGGCUGAGCAGGGAGCGGACAUUACUCCUGAGUCAAGCUCUCAGGCGCUGUGUUCUCGGUGAUGGUAGCACAGGGAAAGAGCGUGCUGUUUUGCUAAAGACAAACACUGGUCCUCUGGGGUCUUCCUGGCUGACCAGUGCAGUUUCUGCUGAUGUUGUGGGCCAAGGCUUUGACCCUGAACAUGGUAUGACAGCCAUUCUCCAUCUGAUACCCUUGAAUGCCCAGGAUGAUAGAGGUCCCAUAAUGGAAUUACCUAGAAGCCUGUCAAGGGAAGCAGUGAGAGAAAUACUCCAGAUCAUACCUCAGAGGUUAACUUCUAUCUGAGGGCAAUAGGUUCUCUGAUUACUUUAUAUGAGGAAAGAUGUACAGAGCUGGGACAGAGGACAUGGCGCAGUGGCUAAGAGCGCUUGUUCUCAAGCAUGUGGAUCCAAGUCUAAAACCUCUAUACAUGCAUAAAAACCACGGCUGUACAAGACUGAACCUUAGCAUGGGGGGCGCAGAGACAAGCAGAUCCUGAGAGCUUGCUUGGCCAUCCAAUAUUUCCUCAACAGUGGGCUUCCUGUUCAGUGAGAUACCAUCUCAUGGUAGUAAGAAAGCAAUGGUAGAAGACAGCUGAUGUCCUGCUCUGACCUGUGUAUGGCUGGCACCCAUACCCACACUUGCAUGCAUGCACCACAUGGAAACCCACCCCCAAAGCCAAUCCAUUUCAUUAUGUAAGUCAGGCUAGGCUAGAACUCAGUGAUCCUUCUGCCUCAGCCUGGCCGAGCAUUUGUACUGGAGGCAUGUACCACUACCCUUCUAUCAAGGGAAGGUAUUUUCUCAUCUAAGAGGAAGAGCCACAUGACAGUGUCUGAGGUGCGCUUUCCAGGUGGACUAGAAAUAAGGGGAUUUUGUGUGUAUGGUCCCCUAUUAAGAGUGCCUUCUGUACACUCAUGAGGACUUGAGUUUUGAUCCCCCAUAUACCCAGGUAAAACCAAGGAUAGUGGCAUGUAAAGCUAGCCUGAGGUCAGUGGGGGCAACAAAGUAGGGGUGUGGACAUAGGUAGAUCUUCAGAGCUCACAAAGAAAAAAUUACAAAAAAAGGGGGGAGAAAAGGAUAAAUGAGAGUAUACAACAAUUAUCAUGGAUAAUAUAUAAUUUUGUGGUUAAUAGGUAUAAACAAGAUAGAACUAACAUCUUGUUCAACAGAGGCAUACAAUUCGAAAGCAGAGGGGUGAGAAAUUGACAUUUGCCAAGGUAAUUUUGUAUUGUUUGGGGAAGAAGAAAAAAUACUUUUUACACAUACAGUGCUUUUCCACUAAGAAAAGGAUUGCCUCGUCAGGGUGAAGGUGUUUGUGUAAGGGUAUGGAGAGGGAUAUUACUUCCCAAAUGUCAUACUGAGCCUAGGAUCUAGUUGCUAAUGCCAUUCUUGCCUGCCUUCCAUCAAGGAAAGGAACACACAAAGUCACUGGACUGAAAACUUACAAUUUCAUUGUUCACUCAAACCUGAGCAUUCCUCCUUCCCGUCCAUUUUUUUUUUUUUUUGACAGGGUCUUACCAUCCAGCCAGGCUGGCACUAUAGCCUCACUCCUGGCACUGGAGUGCUUCAGUUCAGGUGUGCCAGACUGUGCCUCACGUCAGCGUGGUAGGGGAAGGAUUAGGCAGAGAGGUAGGAAAUGAGUGUUGGAUAGGAAGUAGCCUUUACUCAGUACCAGUUCCAACUGUGGACUCGAGGGGCAGUGACCUUUUGUCUUUACUGAGUCUUAGGUUCCCAUUUGAGUCAGAACUCUGGCCUGGACACACAGGAAAAAAAAAAAAAAAACCAUGCCAUUUGAGAAAAAGGUACCACACUUUUUUUUUUUUUUUUGGUUCUUUUUUUCGGAGCUGGGGACCAAACCCAGGGCCUUGUGCUUCCUAGGCAAGCGCUCUACCACUGAGCUAAAUCCCCAACCCCGGUACCAUACAUCUUAACACACAUCUCGUUUCUCAUGGGCUGUAUCAGUCAGUAAGCUACAUGUUCAUCUGUGCAUUAGUUGACAGUCUUUACAGUGGAUGUGGCUACAGCUCAGUGGUAGAGACUGCUUGGUUAGUGUUCUAGUUUCAUUCUUUGGCUGUGAUAAAACACUUGGACCAAAAGCAACUUAGGGGAGAAAAUGGCUUACACUUCCAGGGCACAAUCUAUCAUCCAGGAAAACGAGAGUAGAAAUUUUGCUAGUUUUCUUAUAUAGCUGUGGACCAGCUACCUAGGAAGGUGCUCCCCAACAGUGGGCUAGGCCAUUAUCCAUCAAGAUACCUUCUCCACAGAAACGCCACAGACCAGUCUGACCUAGGCAAUUACUUACCUGAUGGUUUCCUCUCAGAUGACUCUAGGCUAUGUAUACCAAGCUGACAAGGCUAACCGGGAUACAUAACACACACAAGGCACUGGGUUCAAUUUGCAGCACUGGGAGGGACAAAAUUUACAAAUAGUUUUGGAGGAUGUGCUCAGGGGAUCAACUGGUAUUCCCGUCCUAGCUGCAUUCCCCACUCUUUGCCAAGCCAUAGGACUUACCUGUGGUGGUGAUUGUGCUUUGGCUCUUUCCUUUUUCAUGACACCCCAAAGUUAACUUUAAGGGCCACUAGUAGCCACCCUGGGGUCUGCUGGAAUGGAUGUGGUCUGGGCCCAUAGGAGAUACUAGGGAUUCUCAACAUUGUUUUAUCAGUACUCCAAGAGUGGGAAAGGUUUCAUGUUGGGGACUGUGGACAUUUUUUUUGUCUUUUUUUUUUUUAAGAUUUAUUCAUUUAUUAUAUAUAAGUACACUGUAGCUGUCUUCAGACACACCAGAAGAGGGCAUCAGAUCUUUUUACAGAUGGUUGUGAGCCACCAUGUGGUUGCUGGGAAUUGAACUCAGGAUCUCUGGAAGAGCAGUUGGGGCUCUUAACCGCUGAGCCAUCUCUCCAGCUCCCGGACAUUUUCUUUAAACACAUUUGGAAGACUUUUUGUAUAAAAGCAUGAAAUAAUUUGGGCGUGGUGGUUUUGAAUAGGUUUGGCCUCCACAGGUAGUAGCAGUAUUAGGAGGUGUGGCCUUCUUAGAGGAAGUGCAUCAUUGUGGGGAUGGGCUUUGAGGUUCUCUAUGCUUAAGCUCCGCCCAAGGCGGAAGAGUGUCUCCAGGCUGCGGUGGGAUCAAGCUGUACAACUCCCAGUUCCUCCUCCAGCACCGUGUCUGCGUGCAUGCGGCCAUGCUUCCCGCCAUAAUGGACUAAACCUCUGAAACUGUAAGCCAACCCCAAUUAAAUGCAUUCCUUAUAAGAGUUGCCUUGGUCAUGGUGUCUCUUCACAGCAACGGAAACCCUAGACAUGGUGUGGUGGCACGUCUUUAAUCCUAGCACCCAAGAGGCAGAGGUAGGUAUAAGGCCUGGCUGGUCUACACAGUGACUUCUAGGCCAGCCAGGCCUACACAGUGAGGCUGUCUUUUUUUUUUUUUUAAUGUAUGGGAAAUAUCCAAGUAUCCAAUAAGCGAAAAAGUAUCUGUUGCUUUGAUCAGGAGGCCAAUCAUAGUAAGUAUGCAGAAUGAGGUUGGAGGACAGGGAAUUUUAAGGUAAGUCUGGGCUAAAAAGAAGAGUUUUCUUUUUUUCAGACAGGGUUUCGCUGUGUAGCCUUGGCUGCCCUGGAACUCAUUCUGUAGACGAGGCUGAAGUGUGGAGAUUAAAGGUAUGAGCCACCAUGCCUUAUAACACGCAUUUUUUGUCUUGAGUUCAAACUGGGUGUGGUGAUAAGGCCUCCUCGUACUUGGGAUACAGCAACACAGAUUCCUGCCUGUAAAAAUUUGAGUCAAAGCUUCACGGGCCUCAGAACUUUCGCUGACUUUGUUUGAUAUGCUUACUCUAUUGAGUUCUGACCAGACUAAAGUUACCAUUAGACCGAAGCACCACUCAUUUGUGUCCUGCUAGAGAGCUGUUUACUAUUAAGGAAAUGGGAAAUCCAUUUACCUUACCUUAGGUUCCUCUCAACUUAGCUUCCACCUAAAGUAGCCCCUUCCUAAUGUCAAGUGGCUGCCAAUGGCUUAUGUGGCAUUUAAGGCAAAGUGCUCCAAUAUAUUCAAAAUCUAGCUAGGCAUGAUAGCAUACUAGAGACUGAGGAAGAUGACUUCAAGCUCUAGACAAACCUGGGCUACAUGUUGAAAUUUCUCAAAAAAAAAAAAAUCCAGUAAAGUUAACAUUAAUGAAAGGCAUUGCAUAAACAUGUUCACAACGUUAUCUAUGUGGUAGAUACGCUUCUAUUUUAAUAGGCAAGGCAGUAGAAACCUGAGAAACAACCAUGCCCAGUGUCAUAGGACUAGAAGUUGGCUGAUAUUGUACAUAGUACAAGAUAGAACUUAUCCAUUGGACUAUAAUAACCUAAAAUGUGUUGACAUCUGUUGAAAGUUUAGGGUUUUAUGGACUGGGAUGUUUCUCAGUGGUGGAGUACUUGUCUAGUAUUUAGGAAGCCUUGAGUUCAACCCCCAGCACCAAAUAAACUAGCUAUGGUGACAUACCCUUGUAAUCUCAAUACUAUGUGAUAGAUGCAGGAGAAUGAGAGACGUUCAAGGUCAUCAUUGGCAACAUACUGAGGUCAAGGCCAGAUGGGAUACUCGAAACCUGUUUCAAAAAAAAGUAAAAAGAGGAAGUUCGGGGUUUCACAAGCACCUUAUUUUAUCCUCACAGUAGUGAGAGAAUCUGCUCACAUUAAAACUUUCGCUUCAGCAGCUUGUGGUGUCUGGCACCUGUAAUCCAGGUAUCAGGGAGGCUGGGGAAGAAGGAUUUUGAGUUUGAGGUCAGCAUAGCAUACAGCAAGUUUCAACCACAAAGGAAAGCUCACCAACAAAAGCAAAACAACAAAAUGUCCGUGGGAGACUGAAACUUUUUUUUUUUUUUUUUUUUGGUGGACCUUGAACUUCCACGAUAUGCCUAAAAGUUACCAAGCGGGGAAAAAAAAACACAUUAACCUCGAAAUGAUAAAAGAGAUCCUGCUAGCCUACAUACAAGUGAAAAAAAAUACAUCUUAAACACUGGGUAGAUGCUCAGUCAGUAAAAGCACUUGCUGUCUAGCCUUAUGAUGUUACAGGACCCACAUUGGAAAAAAUGGACUCCUGUUCUCCUCUGGUCUCCACGUGUGCAUGUGUGUGGCUCAACACAUGUAUUCCUAUAGAAACAACUUUAAAAAUACACUUUAGGCAGAGCAGUGGUGGUUCAUGCCUUUAACCCCAGCACAUGAGAGGCAGAUGGAUCUCUGAGUUCCAGAGAAACCCUGUCUUGAAAAACAAAAAAGCAGGUUGGGGAUUUAGCUCAGUGGUAGAGCGCUUGCCCUGGGUUCAGUCCCCAGCUCCGGAAAAAAGAAAAAAAAAAAAAAGAAAAAAAAAGAAAGACAAAAAAGCUAGAAUCCCAGCACUCAAGUGGUAGUAGGCAGGACGAAGUAUUCACGUGUUCAGGGUUAAGUCUAAACUACGGAAGCUUUUGUCUAAACAAAGUUAGCUAGUAAAGGAUUCUGUUAGAUCACAUUUCAAUUUAUUGGUAAACCCACUUUAAAAAUUAGUGGCUAGUCUUCCCCCCCACAAAAAAAAUUCCGAAAAAGAUCUUAACUCUGUGAUCUGCCACUUUCGUAAGCAACUGCUAUAAAUUCAGCAUAAAGUUAGCUAAUAGUUUCAUGAAAUCCUGCUCAUCCAGAAACAAAAAGUUUGUAGUUUAAGUUAUCUAACUUUUUUUUUUGCAAAUAGUUUCACGAAAUCCUGCUAAUCCAAAACCAAAAAGUUGGUAAUUUUAAGUUGUCUAACUUUUUUUUUUUUUUGCAAGAAAGUAAUUAAUAACCUUUUCCUCAGGACAUUUUCCCCGAGGUCUAAGAACAAACAUAACCUUUCAGAGGAGAAAGGUAGGAGGUUUCGGUGGGGACACUGUGGUGGGGGCUGCGGGAGGCUGGAGGGCGGAGGGCGUGUCCGGGAAGCGGGAUCUGAGAAGCAUCCCCAGCUUUGCUUGGUUUUCCGUGCGCGCCGAGAGCCAGAUGAAGGGGCAAGAGAGAAGAAAUAAAGGGGCAGGCGGGCGAGAGCCGCAGCUGCGCUACCUCACAGCCUUCAGGCCAGGCUCUCCGAGGGCUUCGAAGGAUGGAAGGCGGGUGUCCUGAGGGCCUCGGGCUGUUCCCCGGACGUCGCCCAGGGAGAGGCAGCGGUGGCGCCCUUCCAGCUCCCGGACCCGCCUACAACCCUGGGCCCCGGGACUUAUUGUUCCGGGAAGCCUCAGGCUAGGCCCAGCUUGGCCCGCGGGUUGCACCCCGCCCCUGCCAGGGUCGGCGGGCUGGGGCUGGCGCGCCGACUGGCGGCCGGUGGGCUCCCAGUGCGUGUCUCUUUAAGGGGCUGGGCCUGCAAGGCUGCCGGGCGGGCGGGGUGCGCGUUGCUUCGGGAGUGAGUGUGAGGGUGAGAGCGGCGGGCGGUUGCCGGAGGGAGGGAGGGAGGGAGGGAGUGAGCGGGCGAGCCAGCCAGCCAGCGACGCGGGCCGCCCCUGCCGCCGCCGCGAUCGGACCUGCGGCCUCCUCCCCUCCGGUCCCCUCCCCCGCAUCGGCCUGCCGCGGGGAGGGGGCUAGCGUCGCCGCCUCCAGCUGCUCCUCAUGAAGCAGCUGCCGUCGCAGCCGCCACCGAAGAUGGGGGAUUUCUACGAUCCCGAGCACCCGACCCCUGAGUAAGUCUCAGGUCCGCGGCCUCCCGCUGCCGUUGGUCGCUUGAGCCGAGGGCGGCGCGUCCUGACCGCUGGCGGCGCGCGGAGUAACGGGCCCUGGGCGUCUUCGCGCGGUCGUGGUGGGGGGCAGGCCGGGCGCAGCUACUUCAGGCCGCCUCGCUUGGCCUCGGCUGGCCGGGCGGUUGGGCCUGGCGCGGAGACGGCUGCUCGCGUCGCCGCGGCAGUUGGGGCGGCCCGGUGGGGGAGGGGCGGCCACGGCCUCCUCUACUGUUGCCGCGUCCUCAGUCGGCCUCCUUGGGUUCGGCGCUCCGCGCAGCUCCUCCAGGACACUCUGCGGCGUCCCGAGCUUCUGUUGCAAACCGCGGUGCAUAGUCGGAGGCACCCGCUAAGGCCAACGCCGGCGAGAGGGCGCCAGCUAGUAUAGGCCGAGAAUCCCCGGGCUCGGGUGGAAGCUGGGCCCGUCGCCCGGCCUAUCGGUGACGGCAACUAGGACCGGAAGGGCCUACCGCGCGUCUCCGGGCUUCGGUCCGCGAAGGAGACCCGCGUUGCAUUCUCAGUUUGAUUUUUUUUUUUUUUUCUCCUUGGGCACUCGAUUCUGGCCCAGUAGAGCUAUGAGCUUCAUAUUCUGCUCCUUUGGCGCUUGGGUUUUGUAAUGGUGGCAAGGUUUGUCUGGUUCCGUUGUUGAGGUGACACCAGUUUUGUUUUUUAACCUGAAAGUGAAAACCUGACAAACAUUUCUCGAUUAUGAGGCUUGAACACUUUGGCGUACUAUUUCUUAGGUAAUAGAAUCUAGAAUCUUAUCUACAAGGAUGACUACUGCGUGUGAAGAUUUAGUUAAGAGACCCAGAAAAAUCUUUGUAUCUCCUCUAAAGAAGAUAGUGUACUUGUAAAGUGAAAUAUAGUUUUGUCCAGUAGUUUCUUUUCAGUAUGUGUAGGGUAUUUUUUAUGUUUCUGUUGGGCGGUAUCCGAUACCACAUCCAAGCUUUAUUCCAGUCAGAUCUGGUGGUGUACACCUGAAAUACCACCUGAAUUAGGAUUGUAGGCAGCCUCCUGCCUCAAAACAACAAAAGUAAAAAGAAAGCUUCCACUCCAGAGUCAGGAGUCAGUCCCUUCCCUAAGCCCUCUCAAGAUUGUUUUGUUGUUUUUUAGAUAAAUGGUUUCACCUUAUUGCCCAGGCUGCUCUUGAAUUUACUGUGUAGCCCAGGCUGGCCUCGAACCUGAGAUCCACCCUCUUCAGCUUCCUGAAUGCUGCUGGGAUUUCAGUUGCUGACGACUAAGAAAAACCAUUGUUUUACCCUGAUUUGCACAUAGGAGCAACAAAAUUCAUUUCCAAGUUAACGUUUACAGGGAUGUCUAGUGAAAAACUUAAAACUUUUAUGACUAAGGCACAUUACACGUUUUUUGGGAACCUUUGCCAAUGCCAAUUUUUUUUUCACCUUGGUUCAGAAAUGUUUGGCUCUUACUUGAUAGUUCUUUGGUAUUGUAACACAAAAGUUAUUUUGUUCCAGUGUUAUCUCCUCACAAAAAGCAAAAUCCUCUUAUUGCCUUAAAAAAAAAUAAAAUUUUAUUGGGAGAAUUUUGACAAUCUAGUUUUCACUUGAGAACAGCCUGAGUAGUUUUAUGCUUGUUUUUUUUUUUUUUUUUUUUUUUUUUUUAAGUUUUCAGAAGCCCAUUAGUGGUCCUGUGGUAUUUUAGUUUUGUCUUUACUUGACAGCUAAUCUUGAUACAUAGACCACCUCUGCACACAGUCCUUAUGUGCUCUUAAAACAAAACUCAUCUCUUGCGAGAGUAAACCAGAGAAAUGGCUUUAUCUUUUCAUGGGUUCUUGGCUUUGGAAUAACACUUAAAAGUUUUUGCUUUGAGACUUGAAAAACCUCAAAAGGAAUUUGUAUCACUCAAUAAUGCUGAUUGCAUGCUUAUGCACAAAGUAACAUGCCAGCCCUCAGGAAGGGCAAAGAACCUUGCAGUGACUUUUCAGGUUGCACAGUGAAGUCUCCAAGCUGUAAGGAUUAUAUCCUUCUUUUUAUUGGAGGAAAACGUUUUUCAUAUUAUAUGAAAAAUGGAGUCAGAAGUAUAUCUUUAAUGUGCAGGUGAGGGAGAAUGCUUAUUUUUCCUAGACUUGAGGUUUACUGCUUUCCUGGCUUUACUGCUUUGGAGUUUUUAAUAGUGUCAAGUAAGUUCUGAUACACGUGCAUUUUUUUUUCCUGUUUAGUAACGUGUAUAGGUUAUAGAAUGCUUUCUUAAUAUUGGCCUAAAGGUAUUGGCAGGCACCUUGAACAGUAUCACCUGUUUUACAUAAGAGGAAAACAAGGCCUGGCCAAGAAGAGUGAAGUGAUAGCAGCCCCUGUGAGGAAGUCACAGACUCUGCACUUGAACACUAAUUUAACCUUGAACGAAUGACUGUAGCUUUGAAUUUGGGUUUUCCUAUUUUGGAAACAGUUAUCCUAUGCUAGCAACUUGCAACUUUGGAGAAGAUUGAAGGAGAUAAUACACAGACGGCUCAUGGCACAGAGUGUGUGCGAGUACCUUUAGCUGGGGUUAUUAGAGAAAUUUUAGAGGUAUGACUGAAGUUGGGGGAAAACUGGUUGUGAGGAGGCAAGUCAGACGGGGUAGUUUCAGAUGGUUCUUUGAAAAAGAGAAGUUGAGGUGAAAUGUAAAUUUGCUUUGAUUGGAGCCCUGAUGGUCUUAUUAUUUUCUACUCACUCUUUAAUUAGUUGCAUGUGUGUGGGCCUUGGAUAGUCUUACAGUAUAAAUAACAUUGUAUUCAGGUGAAGUUGCUAUAAUGGUUUGAGGAGCUCCAUUAGGUGUCCAUGUAGUGCAGGAGUAGAUAGUGAGGGCAUAGCACAAUCAAUGUCUUCUAUGACCUAUCAUCAUCCUAAAGGAGACAAACAUGAUAAAAAGUGGUUUUUGUUGUUGUUUUAAACACAGGCCUGUCUUUGCCAAAGGUUGAUACUGUAGUAAUUGGUGUACACAACAAAGAUUUUUCUUUGUGCAGUUUACAUUCUAAUGAGGUCUAUAAACAAUAAAUUAUACAGAAUGGCCAAAGGCAAAAAAGGCUUUGGAAAAUCCUAUAGGAUAUAGGUGAUUUGCUGUUAAAGAAGUCACAGGAUACAUGUACAUGGUCAGCUGGCAAGCAUCCUUGGGAGAGUAAGUUGAGAUACGAAGUAUCUGUGUAUAUGUUGUGUGGAGAGUUGAGGGGUGGCAGGGCAGUAGCCAUUGUAAUUUAAGUUGAAGUGGUCGUUCCGAAGUGCUGAGGCAGUAGUCUAAGCUGCUCAGUGUGGCCAUAAUGGAACGAGAGAGCGAUAAGUCAAUUGGAUCACAUUAGAAGUGCUACAGAGUUUUAUAAAGUUUUGUAGAGCCAUUCUAAAGAUUUGGCUGGGGUUUUUUGUUUGUUUUUUGAGAGCAACCCAGGCUGGCUUUGAAAUCUUGAGCUCAAAUGAUGUUCCUGCUUCAGCUUCCUGAGUAGCUGGGAUUUGAUGUGCACCACAGUGAGUUUCAAUCAGAGGAAUGCUAUAAUUUGCCUUCAGCCUCAGAAGAAUCACAUGUAUCACAGAGAGGAACAGAGUGGAAGCCUGAAGACUUGUAAAGAAGCUCAUAAUUUAGAGGAGAGCUGCUGUGGCUUAUACCAGGGUGAUGACUGAGGUAGAUGGAUGCCCAGUCUAUGCUGAGGAUUAAACUAAUAUAUUUAAUGACACAUGUGGCAUGUGAGAGAAGUUGAGGACGAUUCUGACGUUUUCGGUCUGAGCAUUUAGAAGUCUGUAGUCCACUGAACUAGGGGAUGAUGUAGAAAGAACAAGUUGGGAGUAGUAGUUCUUCUUAAGCAUAGUAAGUUGGAGAAGAUUGUUAGACAUUAGGUUGGAUUGUUAAUGUGAGUCUGGUUUUCAGGGGAAAGGUCAGCUGGAGAUGAUUUUGUAGCCAUCUAUUUAGGUAGUAUAUACAAAGCCAGCAGACUGGAUGACAUUCAUUUAUAGACCAAAAAUUCAUCAUGGCUUAUAGUUCAGAUAAAAUCUUAGUAUGUGUGUAGUCAAGGCUAGUGUGAACUUCAUGGUUCUUGUGCCUUUGCCUCCCAAGUGCUGAGAAUGUAGAUAUGCCACCAUAACUGGCAAGGGAUAUAGAUUUAGUUAUGUGAGCCUCUUUUGUUACUUGCUUUUGAGACAGGCUCUCACUGGCGUCUCCUGGUGACCUUCAACUUCUUUCUGCCUUGGCCUUCUGAGGGCUAGGAUUACAAGUGUAUACCACCUAUAGGCUUGAUGGCAUAGACUAGUAAUCCUACUUGAUUAGUAGUCUGAGGCAGAAAUAUCAAAUAGUCAAGGCCUGGUUGUGUUACUGGGUUAAUUCAAGGUCAGCUUUAGCAUAUUAGUAAGACCCUGUCUUAAAGAGAUAACGAUGGUGAUGGGAAUCAGUGGUUAAAAAUUUGCAUAGCAUGCAUGAGGCCCUAGAUUCAAACCCCAGUACUGCCGAGAAAAUCAUUAUGUCCAACAUGAAUUUUCUUUUUUUGUUUUUGAUAAAGGGUCUAUUUCACUAUCUAGCCUUGGCUGGCCUGGAACUUGCUGUGUAGACCUGGCUGGAUUAAAACUCAACAGAAAUCUACCUGCUUCUGCCCCAUAAAGGCCACCAUACCUGGCAGUUGGUUUUUAUCAUCAUUAUCAUCAUCUUUAUUUCUCUCUUAAACAGGGUCUCUCUCCAAAGCCCUGGCUGUCCUGGAACUCAAUCCAUAGGCCAGGAUCUGACUGCUUUUACCUCCUCAGUGCUGGAAUUAAAGGUGUUUGCCACCAUAUCUGGCUGGUUUAUUCUUAAUAGGUAUUUGUAAUAACUUUUAACCCUAGUGUGUGUGUGUGUGUGUUUUUAAAGAUUUAUUCAUUUAUUAUAUAUGAGUACACUGUAGCUGUCUUCAGAUACAGCAGAAGAGGGCAUCAGAUCUCUUUACAGAUGGUUGUGAGCCACCAUGUGGUUGCUGGGAAUUGAACUGAGGUCCUCUGGAAGAGCAGUCGGGUGCUCUUAACCACUGAGCCAUCUCUCCAGCCCAACCCUAGUGUUUGUUAUCGUUGCAUGAAUCUUGUCAGUUUUGCUGAGAUGCUAGAAUAGUCAUGUUGAGUGACACCAAAAGAUGACCAGUUUGGGUUAGACUUGGAGGCUAACCAACUUUGUCAUUUUUGUUAAUUCAUUCACUAGAACUGUAGAGUAGCACCUUAAAACAAAAAGAUAAAAUAAGAAAAAAUAGAACCUUAUUUUAUAGUAGACUAAAAGCUAUUGUAAGAUUUGGGGAUUGUUUAUAUCUAGAGUCACCAAUACAGCUUUAGAUUUCUUUUUGAGAAAAACCUAGCUUGUGUGUUGCAUUUUGUUUUUGAGCUGGGUUUUAUUGUAUAGCCUAAGCUGGCCUGGAAAUGGUUAUCCCACUAACAUUGGCCCUGAAGUCCUGGGGCUGGGAUUAUAGCCAUGUGCAUAGAACCAGUGAUAAAAAAAGCCACCUUCCACUCCAGCAGCUCAAGUUAUAAUGGUAUAACAUGUUUUGAGACUUCACAGUCCUUAUUCAAUUUAACAGAUAUUUGCAUUAUAGAUGUGAGCCGUUGUACUAUAAUUUUAGCCUAGAUUAACAAGUAAUGGAAAUUUUUCCAUUUGUAUUACUUUCCCUAGUUUGCAUGUAUGGAAGUGAGUGAGUAAUCCAUGUAUCACAUGUACCACAUGUGAGGUGGGCAUGUGAAUGCCAUGCUGCAUGUGUGCACGUCAGACCCACUGGGGUUAUUCUCUCCUUCUACCUUGAGUUGUAGUUCAAACUGGCUUGGUGAGCCCUCUGUUUUACUUAGUAGUGCAUUUUACUAGCCCCUCAAUUUUUUUUAAAAUUCAUUUUUGUCUGAGCUGUUAGACAAGAUAUCAGGAUCCUUCUCUACGUAUUUUAAUAAAUUUAGAGGCAGUUUACGAUUACCUAUAUUUGCUAAACACAGAUGAAUUGUUUUAUAAACAAUAAGGCCUGGUAGUCCUUGGUAGUCUCUCCUCCCCCCCCCCCCAUUUUUUAAGGCCUAGUGGUUACUUAGUGUCUUCCAGCUGGGUAAGUAAAUUGGUUACUUAAAUUGAGUUCUAAAGUUGGUGUGAGUCCUUAAAGCUGCCUUUUAUUUUAGAGUGCUUUUUCUGUCAAAUGCUAACAUCUUGGUAGUGAAAAUAGCUUUGGGAUGAUGUGGGUGUUGAUAAGAAUAUAAUUGUGCAAGCAGGCUGAUAGAAGGGCUGCUUACUGGGAACACUGCUGUGGGCUUGCAAGAAUUUGGAGCAAGUGGUAGUUUCUGACUAUAGCUUUUGCAACUGCCCACUUCCUUGCCAAGUAUAGUUUUAGACCUUCUCUUUAGGAGGGGUUAUAUAGUGGUCCUAAAUAUUCUUUGUGAAGACCUGAUAAAACUUACAUUUGUUUGUUUCUUUUGUCUGAUAUUUGGCUUCUUGGUAAGUAUUUAUUAAUUGUAUACUCUCUUUGAAUAGCCAGACAAUACCAGGUUUAACACAUUAAGUAGAACAGAUAUUAAUGUACACAUGGCUACAGAAAUUCUUCUCUUUUUUAUAUUUGUAUGAAUACACUGAGCUGUCCUCAGACCCACCAGAAGAGGACAUUGGAUCCCAUUACAGAUGGUUGUGAGCCACCAUGUGGUUGCAGGGAAUUGAACUCAGGACCUCUGGAAGAGCAGUUGGGUGCUCUUAACCACUGAGCCAUUUCUGCAGCCCCAGAAAUCCUUCCUAUGGAAACCCAUUUAUUCUUUAUUCUUCAGCAUGCACAAAGCUUAUUUAGUUUUAAUUUUAUUUUGUACAUAUGUAAGAGUACCUAUACCUGUGGAGGGCAGGGACAACUUUUGGGAGUCACAGGAAAUAGAUUCAGAAUAUUGGUGCCUUUGCUUGCAGGGCAUUCUUACUCUUUUUUUUUUUUUUUUGGGGAGACCGUGGGUUUCUCUGUGUCACUCUGCCUGUCUUGAAACUAGUUUUUGUAGACUAGGCUGAAAUCAGACACAGAGAUCUGCUUGCCUCUGCCUCCCACCAUGCCCAGCUGGCCUUGAUUGAUUGAUUUAUUUUUGUCUGCUUACAAACAUGAUUAUUAUUAAUUUAUCUAUUACUUAUCAGGACAACUGUAUGAAUUCAGAAACAAAAACUACAUAUCGUAUAUACUGCUUCUGGGCUGAAAGUAUAGUUGAGUGAUCUAUAGUAUAAAGAGGUGAAUUUUAUUAACAUACAGUAAAGUAACUAAUUAGUAAAAAUAAACUUCAAAAGUUGCAUUAAAGUAACCAAAAUAGGUAUAUUCUAUGGUAUCUUUGCCAGAUCUAAUAAAAAACAAAGCUUCUAUUAUACAAUAACAUAGGAAGCCAGUUGUUUACUUACUUAUUAUAUAUAAAUUACAUGUAAUAAUAGUUUGUGUAAGAAGAAGUAUGUUAUUAAUUGAUGUGGACACAUUAAAAUAGUGGUGGCUGAAUAGAAAAGACUUUCCCUGCCUCAGUAUUGGUGAGAUAUUAGAAUAAUAGCGUCACUGUCAGGGAGAGCCUCAUGUUCUUUGUUGGAGUAUUUUGUUGUUGUUGUCGUUAGUGGUAGUGGUGGUAGAGAAGGUAAUGGUGUGGUACUAGACAAUGUGAAGUGAGGGGCAGGCAUUAAAAUCUAUGAUAGCGUAUAUUUCAGUUGAGCAUAUGUUGGUGAAAAAUUUCUUCCUAGCUGUAUGUUUUUCUGACCUGCAUACAUUGCUUACCCAUUUUUGUUUUUGGUAUUCUCUUCCUAUGUGAAUACAGAUUUUAUUUUUAGUUAUGAGUAUAUGAGUGUAUAUAUGUAUCUGUGUGGAGUAUGUGCACAUGUAUGCAGGUAUCUGUAGGACCAGAGGCUGCCUCCGAAGCUGUUGUCACAGGCGCAUUGUGUGUGUGGGUAUUAGGGACUGAAUGCAGGCCCUCUGGAGCGGUAACAGUGAUUGACUGCUGAGCCAUUUUCCAGCACUAUGUAAGUAUUUUCAAAGGCUUACCCACAUGCGUGCGCGCGCGCGCGCGCGCACACACACACACACACACACACACACACACACACACACACACACACACACAGAGUUUUAUGAGUUUUUCUUUAAAAAAAUUUUUUUUUCCGGUAUUGAAAACAAAGUUUGGGGCCUUAUUUCAUGCAGCACACUAUAUCAUAUAUAGUUUUUUCUUUUCGUUUUUUUGGAGACAGGGUUUUUGUGUAGACCAGGAUAGCUUUGAACUCAGAGAUCUGCCUAUCUCUGCCUCUCUAGUACUGGUAUUAAAGGUAUGUGUCAUUUCCUCCCAGCCAUUCCAAGUUCAUAACUUGAUUUUUCAGAUGAUUCGGAUGGUUACUAAGAAUAGAGCCUUACUGGCUUUGAUCUCUUUCUUGUAGCUUUGCUGUUGACCUAAGAUAUUGUAGUGAUGUACUAGAAAAUUCAAGUACCAUGAUGAAUGUUUUAUAUAUAAGUUAUAUGUAAAUAUAUAUAGCUUUACAAUAAGUAUUAUAUGUUUAUUUAAAGUUUUGCUGUAUAGCCCUUGUUGGUCUGAUAUCCCAGGAUUUACCAAAAAUUAUUAGUGCGUAUGCAUGAGUGCUGCAGAACAUAUGGGGAAACCAUAUGUUCACAUUUUCAGGAGUGUAUUUUCUUACAUAGCUGGUUCCAGGGAUUGAACUCAAGUUUUCAGGCCUGUGCACAAGUGCUUUUAUCAGCAGGACCAUCUCACCAGCCCCCAGGGUAUUUACUUUCUUUCUUUCUUUCUUUCUUUCUUUCUUUCUUUUUUUUUUUUUUUUUUUUAAGAUUUUAUUUAUUUAUUAUAUAUAAGUACACUGUAGCUGUCUUCAGACACACCAGAAGAGGGCAUCGGAUCUCUUUACAGAUGGUUGUGAGCCACCAUGUGGUUGCUGGGAAUUGAACUCAUGACCUCUGGAAGAGCAGUCGGGUGCUCUUAACCGCUGAGCCAUCUCUCCAGCCCCGGUAUUUACUUUCUUAAUUUCACUGUUAUGGGUUGAUGAAUUUAAAAAAUGUUCAGUACAAUUGCGUUACUAGAAAAAAAUACAGAUGUAGACAUUGAGAGUUAGAAAGAUGGCUCACAGGGUAAGUACAGAAGACUUGGGUUCAGGUUUCACAUGACAUUCACAACCAUCUGAACUAGAGGAUACAACACCUUCUGGCCUCCAAGGGCAUCCAUCAGGCACUCACAUUUUGCACCUCUAUUCAGGCAAGCAAAACAUCCAUAUACAAAAAAAUUUAAAUUUAGACUGAAAAUAAUUGAUCCACUGAACAGUUAAAUAUCGGUUGUGGUGAUAGUAAAACAUUCUACACAGAAUGAAAUUGCAUAAGCUGUAUAUACACAGAAAUGAAUUUUGAGUUCUGUGUUUAAAAAAUAGUGACUCAAGAUUUAGUCUAGUUAGCUAUAAUGUAUGGCCUAGUUAUCUUAAACUGUUGACUCAAGGUAGCCUAGAGUCAUUUUAGAGAGGAGAGCCUUGAUUUAGACCUGAUCCUAUUGGCAUGUGAGCUUGACUAUUAAUAGUCCUUGUCCACUGUGGGUGGCACCAUUCUUUGGGCAGUUGACCCUGGACUGUAUAAGAAAAGUAGCUGAGCCUGAGGCUAUAAGCAGUGCAUCGAACAGUGUUCUUCCAUGGUUUCUGCUUAAGUUCCUGACCCAACUUCUCAGAAUGGUGGACGGUAACCUAUAAAUGUACAUUGAAUAAAUUCUUUCCCCCUAAGUUGCUUUGGGUCAUUGUUUUAACACAGCAAUAAAAAUCAAAUUAGAAUUUAGACCGACAAUAGUUUCUUGGUUUCAUAAAUACUUAAGCUAUUUGGUUACUGUUGAAGAGAGUUGUUGGGUAAACAGUACAAGGAUACUAAUUUUUUUUUUUUUGGUAGCUUCCUGUGAUUAUUUCCUAAUAAAGAUCUUCAAAGAAUACAAGUCUGAUCAUUGGUCAGGGUCACAUUGUUAUAAACUUUCUAAACUUUUAAGUUUCAAUGUCACUAUGUGAUAAGCAGUGAGUCAACCUGCAUUGCUCUGAAACUCAGUUAAAUGUCCAGGGAAGGGGGUUGGGGAUUUAGCUCAGUGGUAGAGCGCUUGCCUAGCAAGCACAAGGCCUGGGUUCGGUCCCCAGCUCCGGGGAAAAAAAAAAAAAAAAAAGAAAAAGAAAAAGAAAAAAGAAAAAAAAUGUCCAGGGAAGAGUCCCUACUGAUGAUCUCCUGUUUGUUCUGUUCAUACCUGUACCAUUCUUUUACUCCUGUCUGUCUCUUAUCUCAGUCUACAUUUCUAGUUUGUCCUAAGUUACUUAUUGUGUGUCUUAUUUGUGCCAAAACCCCAAGGAUUUAGGAAACGAACAAGAUGUGUUUAUUCGAAUAGAGUGUAAUUAAAGAUUUUGUAUGCAUUACUCACUGAAAUCAUUAAUAGCUUUCAUGUAUUAAACAUUUUGUGCCAAGUGCCCUGUGGAGGGUGUUAGACACACUGUCUAGUAAGUUCAGUAUUACUAUUGGUUUUUUUUUUUUUAAAAAAGAUUUUUUUUUUUAUUUAUUAUUAUAUAUGAGUACACUGUAGCUGUCUUCAGACACACCAGAAGAGAGCAUUGGAUAUCUUUACAGGUGGUUGUGAGCCACCAUGUGGUUGCUGGGAAUUGAACUCAGAACGUGUGGAAGAGCAGUCGUUGCUCUUAACCACUGAGCCAUCUCUCCAGCCCUACUAUUGGUUUUAUAUAUCUCUUCCGUAGCCUCUAUUUUUGGGGAAUGACUCAGUUUAGAAAAUAUUAGAGUUUAUUAAAAUUUAUUCUGAUUUUUUAAAAAAUAUUUAUGUACAUAAUGUUCUGCCUGCAUAUAUUGCCUGCAGGCCAGAAGAGGGCACUAGAUCUCAUUACAGAUGGUUUUGAGCCACCAUGUGGUUGCCAGGAAUUGAACUCAGGACCUCUGGAAGACUAACAUCUGAGCCAUCUCUUCUCCAGCUCCUGACUUAUUUUUUUAAUUGUUUGUUUUUGGGACAGAGUUUCUCUGUAUAGCCCUGGCUGUCCUGGAACUGCAUAUGUAGACCAGACUGGCCUUGAACUCAGAAUCUGGAGUGCCUCUUCUCUUUCCAAGUGCUGAGAUUAAAGGUUUGUGCCACCAUGCCUGGGUGACUUGUUUGUUUGUUUGUUUGUUUUGGAGUCCCAUGUAAUCUAGGCUGGUUCCUAACUUACUGUACAGAUGAGGAUGACAAUAUCUCACCUUCCUGUGCCUGAGGUUGAAGCUUUGCUUUUGUGAGGUGGUGGGGCCUUGUUUACUAUAUUCUGGUCUAGUGUUUGAGUUGGUGAUUCUCCCACCUCUCUCUCCAGAGUGCUUGGACUACAGCUACCAAAGGACAGUUUUAUGUCUUUUCUUUUCAAGGACUCACCUUCCCUCACACUAAGUUUUUUUUUCCUUUUGAAUCUUCACAGUAAGUAAUCCUAAUCCCCAAUGCUGGGAUUAAAGGAAUGCAGCCCUGCCAUUGCCUGGCUGUAAUUCUGUAUUUCUGAGUGUUUGCCCGCACGUAUGUAUAGCACAUGCAUGUCUGGUGCCCACAGAAGACCUAAGGGGGCAUCAGAUGCCCAGUAACUGGGAUGUAAGCUGUCAUGUGGAUGCUGGAAACUAAUCUUUGAAUGCAGGACUUUACAAGCUAAUUUGUGGUCAAUCAUGGUGGUGUAUACCUUUGAUCCCGGUACUAGGGAGGCAGAAGCAGGCAGAUACUUGACUUUGAGGCCUGUUUAGUCACAUAAGGAGUUCCAGGCCAGUUAGGUCUACAUAGUGAGAGACUCUGUCUUUAAAAAGAUAGCUAAUUUGUAUAAAAGUCUUAAUAAUUAAUCAUCCCUUAUUUUUGUCCUGUUUGAUGAGGCUCAGGUUAAGUAAUAAGACAGGAAGACUAGCAUUUUAGUACUCAAAUCAGGUAAAAGUGCACGAUAGAUACAAUUUAAACAUUACGUAGAUAAACUUCUGUUCUUUAGUCUGGUUAUAAUAGCUAUUUACCUCAGACUUGUGCUGAUUUUGUUUGUUACAUUGUAACUUGGCAGUCAUAAUGAUGAUAGCAUAUAUGCGGUGAGUAUCUAUAUCUAUAUAUCUAUAUCUAUCUGUGGUACCUCUGCAUGCCAGGAGAGGUCAUUGGUUCCCUGUAUAGAUGGUCGUAAGCUACCAUGUGGUUGCUGGGAACUGAACACAGGACCUCUGGAACAGCCAGUGUUCUUUUUUUUUUUUUUUUUUUUUUUGGUUCUUUUUUUCGGAGCUGGGGACUGAACCCAGGGCCUUGCGCUUCCUAGGCAAGCGCUCUACCACUGAGCUAAAUCCCCAACCCCAACAGCCAGUGUUCUUAACCACUGAGCCAUCGCUCCAGCUCCCGCAUAUGCACCCGCAUAUGUGUCCUAUUAAGUACUUAUCAAGGUUUUACUUUAAUCGCAUGAGAUUUUAGGAUGUAUACCCAUAUUUAUAGUUUUGGAAAAACAUGUAAUUUUAGUUCUAUGUUUAUUACAAUUUUCUCCUGGGGUGUAUGUAUUUUUUUUUCUAUUUUACUUUGCUUGUUGUGUUUUGCCAGCAUGUGUAUUUAUGUACUGCAUAUGUGCAGUGUCUGUGCAGGCCAGAAAAGUAUGUCAACUACUCUGAGUUAUUGACAGUUAUGAAUUGCCUUGUGGGUGUUGCCCCACUGUGUGUUUUUCAAAUUAGGAACAUUAAAGUGUUCUAACCUUUGUUUUCUUGAAGCAGGGUCUCACGUAGUACAGGUUGGCCUUGAACUCAGUAUAAUUGAAUACGACCUUGAAUUUCUUUUUUUUUUUUUUUUUUUUGGUUCUUUUUUUCCGGAGCUGGGGACCGAACCCAGGGCCUUGCGCUUCCUAGGCAAGCGCUCUAACCACUGAGCUAAAUCCCCAACCCUGACCUUGAAUUUCUGAUUCAAGGUCUACCUCAAGUGUUAGGGCUCCAGGCAUGCACUACCACACCUAGAUUAUUCAGUACUGGCUCUUAAACCCAGUUCUUUCAUGCAUGUUUGACAAAACAUCUUGGUCCUCUUUCUGUCCUUGUCCCUCUUUUGAGUUAGGGUCUUUAUAUAACUAGUUCUGAACUUUACUAUGUAACCAGAGAUGGACUUUAACUUGUGAUCCUUCUUCUACCAAGUGUUAGAAUUACAGGUAUACAGAUACGUAACCAUGCCUGGGUAGUUCGGGAUAAGACUUUUGUUAAUGUUUAGUUUGGUGUUGAGCUCUUGGGCUCAAGCAUUCUACUUCAGCCUCCUAAAUGACUGGAAAUACAGGCCCAUGUCAUAGGGCCAACUUUUAUUUUGAAGUUUGACUGCCUUCCUCUCUUUGUAGCCCCUUCUUCCUUUAAAAAAAAAAAAGCUUUCGAUAUUAUUAUUGUAUGUGCGCAGGGGGAGGUUGUGUGAUGUGUGUAUGGGUUUGCAUCUCUUGUGACAUGUAUAUGGUCAGAGGACGCGGCUGUGGAGUCAGUGUUUUCUGUCCUCCUCCCUGUGGGUUCCUGGCUGUUAAAUCAAGCACCUUCAUCUACUGAGCUGUUGUCUUUCAAUGUAACCUGAAUGUUUCCCAGUGAUUCUGUAACUUAGGUGUUUUUGCUUCUAGCCAUUUUUAGGAUUAAGGAAUGAAACAAAACAAAUAAUGGCUUGUAUAAGUAUGGUUACAAUACCUAGAAAAUACCAGUUUAAGUUUAAAAAGCCAUACAAACACUCAAAUGUGUAAGAAGGGUUUGGACAUCAAGAUGAUAAUAGGUUGGAUUCAGGAGCUUUUGCUUGUUUGUAAUUUUAUAAUUUUAUCCUUUCUCUACCAAUCUUAGAUUAUGAUCGAUUGGUUGAUUGAUUGAUCAAUCUAGACAUGGUUAUUCUGUGUAGCCAUAGCUGUCCUGAAACUCAAUCUAUAGACAGGCUGGCCUCAAACUUGAGAUCUGCCUGCCUGUGGAGUGGAGUGCCAGGAGGAUGGGUGUGGGAGGGGCGGUAACUUGGAUGUAAAGUGAAUUAAGUCAUGGAAAGAAGGCAUGUGCCACUAUCACUUGGCUUCUUAUUGUUAAAAGUGGUGCUUUGUUUAUGGUAGACGGCCAUUCUCAAUUUUUUUGAAAAAAAUUUUACGUGUAUGUGUUUUAACAGUGGUGAAUUCUCUGAAACUGGAGUUACAGAUGAUUAUUAGAUGCCCAGGGUGUGUGUGUGUGGGGGGGGUGUUAGGGUCCUUUGCUCUUAACUACAGAGUCAUCUUUGUAGCCCAGCUGAUCAGCCUUUUUUGAGACAAAGUCUGGCUGGCCUGAAGCUUAUAUAGACCAGGCUAGUCUGGACCUCAGCUCAGUUUGCCUUUGAGUGCUGGGAUUAAAGGCAUGGGCCAACCACCAUCUGGCUCUUUUUAAAAAUCUUUUCUUUCUUAGAUGUAUUUAUUUUUAUAUGUUUGAUUAUUUUGCUUUCAUGUAUGUAUGUAUGCAUGUAUGUAUGUAUGUAUGUAUGUGUACUACUUGCAUUCUUGGAGCUCAUGGACUGAAGAGGGUGUUUUGAUUGACUGGAACUCUGGAGCACAGAUGGUUGUACACUACUAUGUGGGUGCUGGGAGCUGAACCCAGUUCCUCUAUAAGCAACAAGUGAGCUCAGCACUUUGAGCCGUCUCUCUCUCCAGCACUAGGUUUUGGUUUUUGAGACAGUUUUCUCUAAAUAAGAACUUUGGUUGUCCUGGAACUCUUUGUAGACCGCGCUGGCCUUGAACUCACAGAGAUCUACCUGCUUCUGCCUUCCAAGCUCUGGGAUUAAAGGUAAGCUCAAUCUACCACAGCUACAGCACCAGAUUUUUGUUGUUGUUGUUGUUGUUCUUUUUUUCGGAGCUGGGGACUGAACCCAGGGCCUUGUGCUUGCUAGGCAAGCGCUCUACCACUGAGCUAAAUCCCCAAACCCCAGAUUUUCUUUUUAGUGAGAUUGAUUUAAAUUUUCCUUUGAGUGAUUUGAUUGUGCCUUAUUUUUUUUUUAAGAUCAUGUUUCAUGUAGUCCAGGUUGGCUUGAGCUUGUUAUGUUGCCGAGGAUGACUUUGUGAACUGAUUUUCCCCUAUCUUCCACCUCUCAAGUUUAGUAGUAUUUGGUACCACACUUGUUUAUGCAGUGCCAGCAGCGUACCCAAGGCUUUAUGUAUAUAAGACAAGCACUCUACCAACUGAGCUAAAUCUUUAGCCCUUUCCAUUUGUUUCGUGACAGUAUCUACUAAGUGACCCAGGCUAGCUUAUAAUUCUUGAUUGACCUACCUCAGCUUCUUAAAUGCUUACAGGUUAAUCACUAUACCCAUCUAGCAAAAAAAUCCUUCAAUUAACUGUUGCCAUUGAUAGUGUAUGUGCUUUUAUGCCUGGCAAGAUAUUAUAUAUGGGUGAUAAUAUUCACCAGACAGUUGAAGUAAAGCAGUUCUAAUUUAUGUAUAUGAAAUUUCAGUGAUUUAAGAUCCACUGAAAAUAAAAACUCUUUAUCUUUGACAAUGUUUCAGAUCUUUACUAAUUUUUUUUUUUGUCUUGUGGUAUUGCAGUAUUCUAUCUUUGUAGGGAUUGAAUUUAGGGCCAUUUGCAUUUUAGGAAGCACUUUGAGCUGUUAUAACCUCGGUCACUCUGUUUGGAGGCAGGUCUAUGUAGCCCUGGUUUGUUGGCUUCCAGUUAACUAUGAAACUGAGACUUGCCUUUACUCGGUCAUGUUCCUGCUUCUGUUUCUCAAGUAUUGGAUCAUAAUGCGUGAACCACCAUGCCUGCUCCUUCUCAGUCCUUUUAAAUCUUUUUAUUUUGAGGUACAAUGUACUAAGUUGUGCAGAUUGGCCUAGAACUAUGUUGCUCUUGUAGUUUUUGAACUUGAAUCUUUUUCCUCAGUGUGCUGUAUAGCUUAGAUUACUGGCAUUGUUCAUACAACUUGUCAUUACUUCGUUCUAACUUCCAUAAACACUGGUUAAUGGAUCAAGUGAAUUGCUAUUUAGAUCUAUUUGGAGAGAGGAAUUUUGUACAUUUAAGGAGUAUUUAACCAAUGUAGUUGUACUUGAGUUGCCACAUAGCCCACAAAGCAAUGUGCUUAAACUACAAAUUCUUGUCAUGCUCUUUCUAGCUUUUCUAUGUAGGUAGUCUCCAGUAUGCCUUGGUGCACUCGUGUGCACCAGACUUGGUGUUUGAUUCUUCUUAGAAAUGCACCUAUAGGGGGUUGGGGAUUUAGCUCAGUGGUAGAGCGCUUGCCUAGGAAGCGCAAGGCCCUGGGUUCGGUCCCCAGCUCCGAAAAAAAAAAAAAAAGAAAGAAAAAGAAAAAAAAGAAA